AUGGCAUCCUUCUUAAGCAAAUCAUUCGCGCACAAAGGCUACGCCGCAUUUCGACCAACCUACGCCGCCGAGCUCUAUCGCACGGUGCUAGCUUAUCACGAAGGCUUCUCUGACUCUCGCCGCAGUCUCUCUGUUGACUUGGGGACAGGCCAUGGUCUCGUUACGCGGGAACUCUCGCCACACUUCCACCGGGUCAUAGGGACUGAUCCAUCCGCGGACAUGGUUUCUCAAGCCCGAGAACUGUCCCCCGUGACGUCGUACCCCAACCAGCCCGGGCGGGGGAUCGUCCAGGACAAACUGCGCGCCGUCGAGCCGCCGCUCACCGAGUGGGCGGAGACCCAGCGGGUCGAGUACGAGCCGGCCACGGCCGGUGUCAAGCGGGGGCAGGGCGAAGAUGACACUCGGAGCGAUGGAGUACACCCGUACCUGGAGCUCGUUCCACUAGUGGCAGCAGCGGUUCCCCAGUGCGCAUCGACGGGGACCUUAUGGGGACGGGGAGGGUGA